AUGUUAUCAUUAUGGGUAAAUAUACUGCUGAGUUGUGUGGGCGCAUAUAUUUCAUACCGCAUAAUUCUGGAAUAUAUUCCAAUCUUUAUCAAGCGUCAAAUGUACGGGAAAGAUCAGUGCAAAAUAGAUAAUAUUCCUAUUCCUGAACCGAUUGGAGUGAUAUCAGCAGCUGUUUAUUUAAUUGUUAUGUUUUUGUUUAUUCCAUUUCCAGUUUAUGAGUGGUCGAAGUUCGAGUCAUCCAUUCCACAUCAAAAAUUUUUAAUGUUCUUGUCAGCAUUGACAGCUAUUUGUUCCGCAGUUCUACUGGGUUUUGCCGAUGAUGUCCUGGAUUUACGAUGGCGACACAAACUUUUAUUUCCGACACUUUCAUCGCUUCCAUUGCUCCUUGUCUAUUAUGUAUCUGGGUCAUCAGCUACGAUCGUAUUACCUUCUUUGAUUCAGGCUUUAUUCCCAGUGCAAGAAUGCAUCAACAUAGGAAUUUUUUACUACGUUUAUAUGGGUAUGAUGAUAGUAUUUUGCACAAACGCUAUCAAUAUUUUGGCUGGAAUUAAUGGACUUGAAGCUGGACAAGCUUUUAUAAUAGCAUCUUCCGUUGUUAUUUUUAAUGCCGUUGAAUUGUUUCGACUGGAUCCAUCGGUUUCGUGGUGUCAUUCACUUUCCCUAUAUUUCUUACUGCCUUUUUUAGGAACAACAUCUGUUCUCUUAUAUUUCAACUGGUAUCCAGCACGAGUUUUUGUCGGUGAUACGUUUUGUUAUUGGGCCGGGAUGACUUUGGCUUCAGCUUGUAUUCUUGGUCAUUUUAGCAAAACUAUGGCGCUGUUUUUGAUCCCACAAAUUUUCAAUUUUAUGUAUUCAAUUCCUCAACUUUUUCAUCUUGUCCCUUGUCCGCGUCAUCGAUUGCCGAAGUAUAACAGUAAAACUAACACUGUUGAUAUGAGUACUGUUGAAUUCAAAGAAAACGACUUGAAACCGUUAACCAAGAUGGUCCUUGAUUUUCUGAAUAUAUUUGGCUUAUUGUAUAAGAAAAUUAUUGAAAAGAAUAAUGUGAGAUGGGCAGUUAUCAACAAUCUAACGCUACUAAAUUUGGUUUUAAAAUUCACGGGUCCAGUGCAUGAGAAAAAAUUGACGGAAAUACUUCUAAUAUUGCAAGUUUUAUUUUCGGUUCUAGCAUUUUUUAUUCGAUUCUAUGUUGCACAUUUGAUGUAUGAAGUUGUUUUAUGA